CCGAGCUUUUGGAGAAAAGGGAUAGAGGAGAGCAAUUCCCUUCUUCCCCCCGAUUUGCUUUCUGGUGGGAACUCGCGACAGUUGUCCCCGGGAACCGCCGUGUCCUAAGCUAGGCUACCGUUUGCGGUGUCACUACACCCUCCAGCUGUGCGCUCAGGCAGCGGAAGGAGUGCUUCGGCGGCCGAACGCGCGGGUCGGGGCAGGGUCCUCACCAUACCCCGCCCACCCUGCAGCUGCUGAAGCCAAGCCCCCACAUGAAUGAGGGGCCUCUCCGAGGGAAAAAUAAAAAGGGCGCAGCUGCAUCGGCUACCUCAGGGAGCCUGCAGGUGUGCAACUUUGCCAGGCGCACGGGAGCACGUCCCCCUCCAGCCAGCCGCCCCUGACACCGGGCUCCCACUGCCAGAGGCGCUGCAACCCCAACGGAGUGGACAGCCCCGGGGGGUGCAGGGCCCAGUAGAGCACGCAGUCUUUCGACCCCGCCUCGCAGGUCCCGCAGUCAGCGCCCGGCCAGUCCCCGCGGCACCUGCUGCGCCCUCCUCACGUUUUCCAAAUCCCCAGCCUUCCAACCUUGGGAAACUACACUCUCCCUCUCCCCCUGGCGUCCCUGUCCUGGGGACGUGCGGAGGCGGGAGAGGAAGGCGAUAGGAAGGGGGUGGGGACGUGAAAAGACGGUCCCAGCCUUCCUCGCCCGCCACCCCCACCGCAACUCGGCAGCCGUCACGUGGUGCCUGGAGUGGGAGGUGGGGAGAAGAGACGAGACUUUUUUGGGUGCUCCGGCUCGCCAGUAGUUCCUCCAGUCUCAGCCGCCAACUCCGGAGACGCCGCGCUCUGCCCCGGAGCGCCAGCGGGAGGAGCGGCGACCCGCAGCCGGAGCCCGGGCCCGGGCGAUGCUGGCGCCGCCGGCGGCACCUGCGGCUCCUCUUGGCGGCGGCGGUGGCCUCGGAGGCAGGAGCGCGGGCCCCAGCAGCCUCGGCAGCCAUAGCCGCUGUGGCCCCGACAGCCUCCGCCGCGGUCGCCGCCUCUGAUGCGCCUGCCCUCUCCCGGCUACGCGGCGCCGGGAGGAUGUGGGUCCUCGGCAUCGCAGCAACUUUUUGCGGAUUGUUCUUGUUUCAAGGCUUUGCGCUGCAAAUCCAGUGUUAUCAGUGUGAAGAAUUCCAGCUGAACAACGACUGCUCCUCCCCCGAGUUCAUCGUGAAUUGCACGGUGAAUGUUCAAGACAUGUGUCAGAAAGAAGUGAUGGAGCAAAGUGCGGGGGCAAAGCAUUCCAUUGUGUGGAUGGGUCCCUGCGUGUUUACCAGUCCCCCUGGUGUUUUAGGUUGCUCAAUUCUUUACUACUUCUCCAUAACCCAAAACCACGAUUCAGAAAGGGGAGGAAGGUGCAAACAGAAGCACUGCCUGCAAACACCCAUCUCCGAAGGGAGUCCGAAGGCGUCAUGUACCGGAAGUCGUGUGCAUCUUCAGCGGCUUGCCUCAUCGCCUCGGCCGGGUACCAGUCCUUCUGCUCCCCUGGGAAACUGAACUCAGUGUGCAUCAGCUGCUGCAACACCCCUCUUUGCAACGGGCCCCGACCCAAGAAACGGAGCAGUUCUGCCUUGGCCCUCCGGCCCGGGCUCCCCACCACCGUCCUGCUCCUCCACUUGGCCCUCCUCUUGGCUCACUGCUGA